GUGGUCAUAUGAGUAACCGUGUGUGCAUUUGUCGACACGAUCGGCCGGCCAUAAACUCUUCUCUUCACGAUGUCUUUGAAGAAAGUGACUGAUGGAGCAGGUGACACCUUGACGUUGCAGGAUGUGGAUGGUUUCCUCUUCUCCCCCGAUCUGCUGGCAGAUGUCAUCAAACGUCUCGGUCAGUUUCCCUUCCGGGAUGACGACAUUAUGGUGUGUUCGUACCCCAAGUCAGGUUGUCAUUGGGUGUGGGAGAUACUUCGCAUGCUACAGGAAGGAACUCUUGACGUGGCCGUACAAGAAAAAGAAGACCUGAUGAUGGAAUGGAAGACACCAGAGUUUAUGGACUAAUUCCCGUCGCCACGAGUUCUAAAUAACCACGUGUUGUUGAGACAACUAAAUCCAGAGCUCUUUGAGAAGAAGAUCAAGAUCAUUAUGGUCGUCCGCAACCCUAAAGACGUUGCUGUAUCUUUCUAUCAUCACCACAAAAAGCUC